GCCACCCAAGCCGGCGACUGACUGAGAUGGGCUCCCUGCUGAUGCCGCUGCUCGGCAGCGUCGCUGCCAAGGCCGGCGACGCGCUGGUGGCAGAGCUGCUGCGGGCAUGGGGGCUGGAUAAGUCCCGCCGGAAGCUGGAGCGCCACCUCGCGGCCGUCCAGUGCAUCCUGCUGGACGCUGAGGUCAAGAGCCGCACCAACCCUGGUGUCCGCAAGUGGAUCAACGACCUCAAGACCGCUGCCUACCAGGCUGAUGAUGUCCUUGACGAAUUCCGCUAUGAGGCACUGCGCCGCCGUGUUGCCCAGCUCCGUCGUGCCGCCCAGAUCCGUCGCUGCUCCACCGCACGCAAGGUGCUGACCUACUUCACCGUCAAUAGUCCACUUGUUUUCCGUCUUUCCAUGAGCAGAAAGAUGAAGGAGGCCCUUGACAUAAUAGAUGAACUGGUUGUGGAGAUGAACAAUUUUCACUUUCUACAACAUACCGAGACAUCAACCAUUGUUCAUCCGCACACACACUCUCAUGUUGAUGAAUUAGAGGUUGUCGGCAGACAAUAUGACAAGGAACAAGUGGUGAAGAUAUUGCUCGGCCACUCCCAUGUAAGUAACAAUGAUAAGAAUAACGUCAUGGUGCUCCCUAUAGUUGGUAUGGGGGGAAUUGGUAAGACCACACUUGCUCAACUUGUGCAUAAUGACCAGAGAGUGGUGCAACAUUUUGAGUUGGUCUUAUGGGUAUGUGUCUCUGAUAAGUUCAUUAUCGAAGAAAUAAUCCAAUCUAUAAUAGAAGUGGCAACGAUGAAGAAGUGUGAUUUGACUCAGAUGGAGACACUGCAAAAGGAACUUUCUAGAGUUUUGGGCAAGAAAAGGUACCUUCUAGUGCUGGAUGAUGUGUGGAAUGAAGACGAACAGAAGUGGGAUGCUAUGAGAUCACUGCUCUGCUCACAUGCUGGCUCAGGUAGUGCUAUAAUUGUGACAAGCCGCAGCGAUCAAGUUGCUUCUAUUAUGGGCACACUUCCUCUGCAUCAUAUAUCACUUCUAGAUGACGAUCAAUCAUGGGAGCUUUUUCAUAGAAAAGCAUUUGGAAGUGAAGUGGAAAAGAAUGAGGAAUUGAUUUCAGUGGCAAAGAACAUUGUCCGCAAGUGUAAGGGAUUGCCACUUGCUAUCAAGACCAUAGCAGCUUUACUUCGCUCGAAGCAUCAUAGUCAGUGGUCUUCUGUUGUGGAUAGUGAUGUCUGGAAAGAUGACAUCCUCACAGUUACUGGUAUUGUACCUGCACUACAACUUAGCUAUGACCACUUGUCAUCCGAAGCACAAAUAUGCUUCUCCUUUUGUGCUAUUUUCCCCAAGGAUAGCCUGAUGGAUAAAGACACACUAAUCCAGUUAUGGAUGGCAAAUGACUUUAUUGCAUCUGAAACAAGAGGCCAACAAAUUUUCGAUAUGCUGGUUUGGAGAUGUUUUCUGCAAGAUGUGGAGAUUCAAAAGAAUCUGCUCUCCUUAAAUAAGGAUGACUUCAUCCACCGACCAACUACUUGCAAGAUGCAUGAUCUCAUGCAUGACCUUGCUGAGUCAGUAAGCAGAAAUGAUUGCUUCAUUCUGCAAGAAUGUUCAUCACAUCAAAAAAAAAUUCAAGGAUCCACAGAUGCUAGUUCAUUACAACAUGAGGUUCGACAUUUGUCACUUGAUUAUGUCAGUAGCAAUACUAUUGCAGAUAUGAAGGAAAUUCUAGCUCCCCACCCCCGCACAAUAUUAGUCCAAAGGAAGUUGGAGUGGACUGAGACUUCCUUGGAUACGGACAACUCUUUGAGUACGGCCAUGUCAAAAUUCGUGUCCUUGAGAACGUUGAAGACAAUCUCAUUCGAGACAAAUAUGACAUGCUUGAAGCAUCUUCGCUAUCUAGAUUGUUCUUAUUCUAAUAUAUCUUCACUUCCCGAAGCCACUGCCAUGUUAUAUAGCUUGCAAACAUUGAAGCUCAUUGGUUGUCAAAAGCUUAAGUAUUUACCAGAAGGUAUGAGAUAUAUGAGCAGUCUUCGACACAUAUUCCUCCUUAGUACUAAUUCCUUGGAGUACAUGCCAAAAGCUAUUGGUCAGCUGAAUUCUCUACAGACAAUGACAAAUUAUGUCAUUGACAAUGAUAUAGGUCGUGGAAUUGAUCAACUAAAAGAUUUGAAUCUAACUGGUGCUCUUUCUCUGACUAAGCUGAUAAAAGUGCACAGUGUAGAAAAUGCUAAACAAAGCAAUAUGUCUGGCAAGCAUAAUUUGAAACGAUUGUCACUCGAUUGGACAGGCGGAAAUUUUGAUACCAGAGAUGUUGGGAAUGAAGAAGAUACUAAUGCAGAAGGAAUUUUAGAGGCCCUUCGUCCUCACAAAAGGCUUGAAGGUUUAGCAUUAAUAAGAUAUACUGGUGCUAAAUUGUCAUCAUGGAUGCACGACUCUACACUGUUAGAACAUCUGAGUGAGCUUUCUCUGAUUGAAUGCACGAAGUGCAAGGAUCUUCCACCAUUAUGGCAGUUGCCCUCUCUCAGGUACUUGAGUUUGAAUGGUUUGGAUAGCUUGACAAACAUACGCCUUACUAAUGAUGAUAUAGACAUUGGACAAUCAUGUAUUUCUCCACCACCCUUCUUUCCUAAACUAGAAACCAUGAUGGUUGCCUUCAUGCCAAAGCUAGAGAGAUGGCACCAGAAGGUGGGAGGACAAGUAGCAGUUGUAUCAUUCCCUCGGCUCAACUUCCUAAGUAUUUAUGGAUGCCCAAUGUUAGAGACACUACCCGAGGGACUCCUGCAUCAGCUGCCAGCCCUCGAGUCAAUACGUAUCGUUCGCUGCCCUAAAUUGAAGGAGGCCUUCUCAAGAGGAGGCGCCUUUUGGAAUUUGGUUGAAGCAAUUCCAUAUAGUUUGCGUGCCCUUGAUUGAGAUGCCCGUGUGUCUAUGAUUGCGUAUUCUGCUGCGGGCCUCAUGAGAAUAUUUAUGCUUUCCAAGAUUGAUGUAUUUGGUGAGCUUGUUAAUUGUAAUUAUGAUGAGCACAACCUACCUAGA